AUGAUGAUCCCGGAGUACUCCCCGCGGGGAACCUCCAUCACAUACGGAACCGCCACGGCCGUGCCGCCUAUGGUGUACCGCCUGAGCCUCAAGCCGGCAUCACCGACGCCCACUCCAUCCCCGAAGGCUUCGACCUCGGCCGCCACCUCCACGUCUCCGACAGCUACUGCGAUCGUGUACGUGCAAAGCCGCCCUAGCAUCCCCAAUAGCUCCAGUACCGGAGCACUGGUGGCUAGCGCUGGUCGUCAGCGUGGGCACAGACACAAGAGCUACUCCGAGUCAGCAUUACGUCUUGAGGGUAUGUUGGCCCCCGCUGCCACGUCUAAUCGAUCCAUUGAAUCUUGCCCUUACUCAGCUGGCGAUGAGAUUAGUCUCAUUCGUUCAUUGACUAUCUCGGGCUUCUCGAAGAACAGUCAUGGCACGUGGAUGUUUAAAGUCGACGUCGGUGGUCCCAGUGACAGCAACGCGUACGUGGUCCGCCGUCGCUUUACGGACUUCAAGUUGCUUCACGAGGGACUGUCCAAGCUGUCAAAGCUGCCUGAAUUGCCACCACAUGGCGUCGUGUCAGUGUUUCAGAUGUUCGUGUCACCGAACAAGUUACUUACCGCACGUGCGGCGCAGUUACAGGAGUUGCUAUUGGCGAUUCGGGCACACCCAUUGCUGCUCAAGAGCACGGCGUUCAGUUCGUUUAUUGGCAAGAACCCGAGCAGCUACGACGCUGGCUACGUGAGCUUGUCGGGCUAUGAAGUGCCUUCGAGCCAGCGCAUAAGUUCAGGGGGGUCAUUUGACACCACCUACUCGGUGUAA